GGGAGGCAGGCAGGCGCGGGGUCCUCGGCGGCCCCGGGUGAGGUCACUCUUUGUGGCUGCGGCUGGCAAGAUGGCGCCGGUGCUGGUGGAGAAGAAGCUGCUGGGGCCGGACGGGCCUGGCGGCGCCGAGCUCCCCAGCGAGGAGGAGGAAGGGCAGAACCUCUGGUCCUCAAUACUGAGCGAGGUUUCUACCCGGUCAAGGUCUAAAUUGCCAUCGGGCAAAAAUAUUCUUGUUUUUGGUGAUGACGGUUCAGGUAAAACCACACUUAUGACUAAAAUACAGGGAGCAGAGCAUGGCAAGAAAGGAAGAGGGCUGGAAUAUUUAUAUCUAAAUAUUCAUGAUGAAGACAGAGAUGAUCAUACUCGCUGUAAUGUUUGGAUUCUGGAUGGAGACCUAUACCAUAAAGGGCUGUUGAAGUUUGCAGUUUCUGCAGAAUCUCUGCAAGACACCAUAGUAGUCUUCGUUGCAGAUAUGUCUAGACCUUGGACUGUUAUGGAGUCUUUACAGAAGUGGGCCAGUGUCUUGCAGGAACAUAUUGAUAAGCUGAAAAUUCCUCCAGAAGAGAUGAGAGACAUGGAGCAGAAGUUUAUAAAAGAGUUUCAAGAGUAUGUAGAACCUGAAGAAGGCUACCAAGGAUCACCGCAGAGAAGAGGCCCUUCUUCUGGCCAAGAGGAUGAAAGUGUUUCUCUGCCACUUGGAGAAAAUGUGCUGACUCACAACCUUGGUAUUCCUGUGCUGGUAGUUUGUACAAAAUGUGAUGCAGUGAGCGUACUAGAGAAGGAGCAUGAUUACCGAGAAGAACACUUUGACUUCAUUCAGUCACACAUUCGUAGAUUCUGCUUACAGUAUGGAGCUGCCUUGAUUUAUACAUCAGUUAAGGAGGAAAAGAACCUUGACCUGUUGUAUAAGUACAUUGUACAUAAAACAUACGGUUUUCAGUUUACCACACCUGCCUUAGUGGUAGAAAAGGAUGCAGUUUUUAUACCUGCUGGUUGGGACAAUGAAAAGAAAAUUGCCAUUUUACAUGAAAACUUCACAACAGUGAAACCAGAAGAUGCAUAUGAGGACUUCAUUGUAAAACCUCCUGUAAGAAAGUUAGUCCAUGAUAAAGAGUUGGCAGCAGAAGAUGAACAAGUAUUUCUUAUGAAGCAACAGUCAUUCCUUGCCAAGCAGCCAGCAACGCCUACAAGAGCAUCAGAAUCUCCUGCAAGAGGACCUGCAGGAUCCCCAAGAACUCAAGGCAGAGCUGGUCCCACCAAUGUACCCAGUGCCUCACCAAUAACAUCAGUUAAGAAACCGGAUCCAAAUAUUAAAAAUAAUGCUGCAAGUGAAGGUGUCUUGGCUAGUUUCUUUAACAGUCUCUUGAGCAAGAAGACUGGCUCUCCUGGGAGUCCUGGUGCUGGUGGAGUGCAAAGUACAGCCAAGAAAUCAGGACCUGUUACUCUAUCACAGAAAGAAAUUUGGUUGGCUUGACAAAACUUGUUGGUAACAGAUGGAUGUUGAUUGUUGUGCUGGACAAAAAACAGUUUUGACAAAUGUUCAAGAGGAAUUGGACAGGAUGACUCGCAAGCCAGACUCUAUGGUAACAACAAACUCUCCUCCAACAGAGAAUGAAGCUUGAUAACGCUUAAAAAUGCAUAUGUAAAUGACCAAAUAACUAUGUAUAUUGAUCUGAUAAGACCAGGAAUUUUCUGCUAUGGCAGAUGCUAUCAGUUUUCUUGGGGCAGGGGAAAUGAGCUUAUUAUGUCAUUGCCUUGUCCCAGUAAAAAGUGCACAUUCAGGAAGUUUGCAUAUAAAAUCCCUCUGUAUAAGAUAACCAUUUAGAGUUUAUAUAGGGCAAUUCUUUUGAUUUUGGAGGUAAGCAGGUGCAGCUGCAUUUCCUGUUGUGAAGAGCACAGAGAAGCAAAAUGCAGAAUUCUUAGGAAAAUACUACUACUGACUGCACACAACGCAAGAAAGAGAAAUGAAAUCCUUUUUCAGAGUUAAUGGAAUUGGCUACUUGUAUGUUUGCAAAUGCAUUAUAUACUUGGAAAGGUGGUGGUGGUAUAACAGAGCAUUAACUAGAUGAAAGAAGCCUAAGUAGGGAAUGCAGCCCUAAAAGGGGAAACAGAUCUGGUUCAGUAAGAAACUAGAAUGUUGGAUUGACUGGAGAGGAGCAAUGUUAUUAAAUCCUGUGUCCCACAUAGGGUAAAUAAUCACUGUUUUAAAAAGACUACUUUACAUUGGAAAUUUCCAAACCAAACACUAAGCAUCAUGGGAAUUUAUUCUUGUUAUAAAUCUUUUUUUUAGUUUUAAAAAAGUCUGAGUGUGGAUGCCCUUUCUGGUGUAGCUGACAAAGGGAGAAACUGUAACUUGUUUAGAUCCAAGUGCCUGGCACAGCGUGUGAUGUGUCUUUAGAAGGUGCUUGAACUUAUUGUGCACUGUAGUACAAACAGUCACUGUUUGGUUUUAUUUUAAAAUCAGUAGUUUGGCAAUUUGUAUUUAAUUUUAAAUCCUGUUUUCUGAUAGCUUCUGCCUUUUUCUUAUGCCAAGAGGCUAGCCUAUGAAGAAUGGUGGGUGACAUAUCAUUUUCCCAUAAUGAAAUGUGCUACAGAAUACUCAGUAUUUUUUUCUUACUUUUUGUAACUAAAUAUUAGCUACCAAGCUAAAAUUGAUUCCUGCCUUACACCUAUGGAGGUUUUUUAAAAACUUUCAGGGCCCUUGUUUCAACCACAUCUGCUGCAGGUGCAGCCAGCUCCAGUUCUGAAGGUGACCUAAAAAGGUGUGAAUGUGUACGUGAUGAACAUAGAGUCAAUAACUGGUUUCGUAUUUCCUUUAAUGUAGCAUUUCAUUUGGAAAGAUGGGUUGUGGUUGUCCCCAUAGCUGUAAUGGAGUUCUGUCCAUGGUCACCUAAAACCAUCAUUCUGUAAAAUCAAACAAAACUGCUAUGGUUACUGAAAUGGCACUUUGAUUUUAUAUACGGUAUGCUUGUUUUACAUGUACACACUACCAUAAAUUAAAAAUACCAAGCAUAUUCUGCGCUCUUAACGCUGAAGGGAAAAACCACAAUUUGAAUUAUGCAGAGUUUACUUUUUAUUGAUAUGAACUUGUUGUACUAAAUCGGAUGUCUGGAUAUAACUUCCCUAAUAUAUAUUGUUACUUAAAUAUACAGAAUUAGAUUGACCACUAACACAGUACAGGUUAACUUCAAAUCCUAUGUUACAUCAAGAGGCUGUUCUUGUAAGUCUGUCUAAAUAUUAUCUAGAAAGCUAAGAGUAUUUACUUGCCUCUUUGACAAACAUUAACAUAAGUAUGUUAUUUGUGCCAGUUUUUUGUUGAAAAUAUUAUAAUUUUUUUACUUUUUUUUUUUUAAAUAAAGGGUAUGACCUCAAGUUAUACAGUUGUCUAGAUUACAGUUAAACUAAGACUGUGGAUGGCUAGCACCAUGUGAAUGUACUUCCUGGUGUAAUGGGUGCCAGUUGCAAGUUACUGCACCAAAAGAAGUAAUUACAUACUGUCCUUCUGACACUAAGAAUUUAGACUGGAGACUAAAACAUCAAAAGCAAGACGGGAACAUUGAAAAAGUGUGAUCGUAAUAGGAUAUAGUUUGAAAACCUCAGUACCAAACUGCAUUUUUUUUGGUCUUCUAACGUGAUAAGCACUUUCUUUAGCAGUAUGGCUAAAACCUACAAUUGAAGUAUUUUCCAUUUUUGUAAGAAUGUUAAAUUUACUAAAAUUGAUCAAAACUGAUAAUGUAUGAUAACAUACCAGUUUUGCAGAAAGAUGCUUCUGACAAAACAGAAACAGAUUUCUGGUUUCUAAUUGCAAGUGAAUGCUCCUAGUUUAUUGAAAGAAAAGUUGUAAGUAAUGUAGCGUCCUGUGGUUGCCAAAGUCUGUCAGCUUUGGUGAGCUGCACAACUGUUCUUCUGGUGUCUUCAAGCAUUGGAACCAAAGGCCAAAUUGCAAACAGCCUUUACAUUUUCAAGUGAAACUUCAUUUUAUUUGCAGAUACACUUGUAUGGUAGACUGUUUAAACUAUUAUAUGACUAUAUUUAUAUGCAUUAUAGUGACUGCAUCUACUGUUCAUGUUUAAACUAAAAAAACAAAAGAUGAAAUCAUUCAACUUGAAGCAAUUAAAAAGUUUAAGGAUUGGCCCUCCAUAAAAAUGCUGUGGUUAUGCUGCUUGAUUUUUAAGUUUGCACUUUUUUAUUGGCAUUUUAAAAAGCUGUUUAAACUGAACAGAAUUUCAUAUUUUAUUUAAUUUAACUACGUUGAAAGUGACUGCUUUGUACAUCAUGAACUUAACAAUAUAAAUGCUGUAAAUGAAAGUUCACUGUCCUGUGUACUAAGGUUAUUGUUUUUUUUUUUUUCCAACUUACAAUUAGGACUGCAAAUGUAUCAAACACAAACCUUAGUCCAGUUGUAUGGCUUUAACCAGGUGCAGUAUGCAGUCAUGUGGAAUCUUGCUUUCUAGUGCUGGCAAAAUGAGGACAUGUCUUUAAUUACUGGCUUCAAUAAACAUGAAUCCAGACUGCUUUA